GAAAUAAUUGAAGUCGCCGGAAAUAUGCAUCGCCUUUAACUUCCUGAAUCAACUGCGACAAGAGUCUAUAAAUAAGUGUGCGCGAUGUUUCAACUCACAUAACCGGCCUGCAACCUUACUAACCUACAGUGUUGCUGGAGCUCUGUUGCCUGAAUGUCAGGGCGUAACAACGUGUAUGACAAUAACGAGACACCAACUAGAAAAAUUACGACGAAACGAUUUCUUCUGCUUCGGCGAAAAUAUAAAAGCCGUCGUGUUGUAAUGUGAACCGUUGAUUAUUCAAGGGGAGUAACUUGCUAGUUUGAUGUACUAGCCCUUCCAUGACAAAGAAAAAUUCACUGUUCAAUAAGGUUUUCCUCUUACAAUAGCUCAAAGAAUACCACUGGUAGAUAUUAUCUGGACAACUCUGAAGAUUGUCAAAAUAGGUAGCGAUAACAACAUAAGAUUUGGUUUAAACAAUAUCAUGGAGGAUUUUGUUUUUUCCUGGGAUCGUUUUGUUGAAAAGCGGGAAGAACAAGAGGCAGAAAAUGCCAAACGUGAAGUUGGUAUCCCGGAAUUGUCUCUUUUACUUGAGAAUAACAACGAUCAUAAUGAUUGCCAAAUAUCCUCAGCCAUUUCAGAUUAUGAAACUAGUGGUUCUGGCCAUGGAAAACGACUCUUUCACUUUCUCUUGCAUCUCCUCGAGAAAAAUAGAGACAACAACGCAAUAAUCAGAUGGGAGAACCGCAGUGAAGGCUUGUUCCGUAUCUGUUCCUUAAUUACUCUUGCUACUUUAUGGGGCAGAGAAAAGAACAACUACAGUAUGGAUCAUAACAAACUAAGAAGGGCAUUAAGGUAUUACAUCGAAAAAGGCAAAUUGUUGAAAGUUGACAGACAUCUCUAUAAGUUUACCACUGAUUUUAAAGAAAGCAAAUUCAUGAAGUCAAGCAGUUAUCACCAAUCAUCGUUCGAAUACCCAAGUAAAUAUAGAGAAACUUUCAACAGCGAAGAAAACUCCCCUUUGAGUAUCAUCGAUGAGGGUACACGCAGCGGGGACAUUUUUAACCCCCCAGCAGUUCUCGUUGGUAAUGAGUCGAUCAGUUAUGAUGUAUGUUGCAGUCAACACGAAAUCCCUGAGGCAACAGUUUCGAAAUCGUAUGAAUCGUGGUAUUGUGACAAGGCAAACGGUUCUUCUUAUGAAAAUUUGGUCAAUGUAAACAGCGCGGAUAACAUAUGCAGUUCUAAUAUUGACAUUCCCAUCAUAGAAAAUUUCAAUAGUCCAUCAGCUUCAGAUAACUGUAGCUCUUUGUCACCUAAUGAAUCCUUAAUGUCAGACACUUCAGAUUUUAGUCUGAAAAUAAAACGUUCAAAUUCUGAAAUAUGUCUACCUGAUCUGCUGCCGAAUAAGCGUUACUGUCCUGAAACAGCUCAGAAUAUCACUUUCGGUGAUAGUGAUUUAUCAAACCAUCAGAAGGUUACAGAUCUCUUCAAUGACGAAUGGCACGAGCAAUACAUUGUACCUGACACAAGAUUACAUAGUUGCAAGGAUUUGUCCCCCGACUCGAAUCAUUUUCCGCCUUGUCGCUUCGAUUCCAGCGAGGAGAAUGAAUCUGAUGAUGUUGACAUGAGCCCUAAUUUCCAAACUCUCCUAGAAGAUCUUCACAAGGACCUACAGUUCCUGAAUAACGCAUAACCAUUCAUAAAAACAAGUCAAGUUAUGACUUCAUUGUGUGAUAUGUAUAUAUAUAGUAAUAUAAUAAUAUAUAUAUGUAUGAUCUCCCAUUUGCUAGAUGGCUAUUCCGAUGAGGAAGGCCAUCGAAAAAAAAAAAGCGAGUGGUUCGGUAUCCUAUUUUUAAGGAAAUAUAUUUUAUGUUGUUGUUGUUUAGUAGUAAAUGUAAGUCCUGAUCGAACAGCCUUACAACACGCAGGUCGUUGGUCGAACGAUUAGGCAUGAUCUAGAAAUCCGUCUCCCCAUUACAUAACAUCGCUACCUAGCCAAGAGCCGUGCUGCAUCCUACAGCAUGGAAGUUUAGAAACAUUGCACUUUCUCUACAGUCUACCUUAUUUAUGUACGCCCAUAUCUUAUAGUGCUGGCCACUACAAAAGAGGCGAGAAAUGUAGACUGGUCAGAGCUGGACAAUUGCUGUUUCUUUCCACAGUGUUGAUGCUGUGCAUCUAACACAGUGUUUAUAUCAGAAGAGUUAUUGAUGCUGCAAUUAUUUUUUGUGUGUAUUCCCUAUGCAGUGUCGGGGAGAGAGUGUUUUUGUUUGUUUUAAUUGUACAAAUGUCUGGAACAUGAUGUCUGGAACAUGAUGUCCGUACCUGGGUAUUUGGAGAGGGGUUUUUCACGUGGUAACAAUAAUUGCUGGACAUGAAGUUGCUGCGUGUCACAAACUGGGUCUCCUCGUAUACCCAGUAGUCUUUCGUUUUUAGUCUUUCUGGUUUUGUUGUGUUGGUAGUAUGUGGGGUGGUGGUCUAUGUAUAACCUAUAGUGAAGCGCAGGGCGCUAUCUAUCUUUUUUUCUUCUUUUUUUAGUUUAUUGUAGUUUGAUUGAGAAACUGUAGCCUCGGCAGGUCCGGCGUAAUCCAUAAAUAAUUUAUUGUCUUGUUUAUACAGUA